ACCUAUUCAUGUAAGAAAAAGAGUUUUCAACCCAUCAUUAUCAACCUUCGAUGAUUUGAAAGUUGAAACAAACUUCUGUCAAACAUUUUACUACGUAUAAUUUUCACAUUCACAUGUGAUCAUCAUGUUCAUAUAGUCCUGAGAACACAAGCAGCUAAGCUUUGGUGCAGAGUGCAGACACAAUGAUUCUGAGUCUGAGUUUGAAUCCUCCAUGGCUUUCCUUACCCGUCGCUUUUUAGCUACUGUAUCCCCCACACCUUCACCUUCCCAACAGAUCAAAAGCUUGAUAUCACAGGGUCUUUAUCACCAAACACUUGAACUUUUCACACAGCUCCAUUUUUCUGCCCCCCAUUCCAUCUCCUCUGUUCUUCCCUCAGUCAUCAAAGCAUGCUCCUCUCUCCAUUCUCAUACUUUAGGCACCCUCCUUCAUGGCUUGGCUCUCACCACCGGUUCCCACUCCGACCCAGUUGUCUCCAAUUCCCUCAUCUCCUUGUACGCCAAGUUUUCGGAUAUUCAAUCAGCACGGCAAGUGUUCGACACAAUGCCCCACAGAGACCCCAUCUCCUGGAACUCCAUGAUCAAUGCUUAUUUGCAAAAUGGGUGCUUGGAAGAAGCUCUGGAAAUGUUGAAAGGUGUGUAUUUGCUUGGUCUUGUUCCCAAGCCAGAGCUGUUAGCUAGCAUGGUGUCCUUGUGUGGGAGGAAAAUGGGCUCAAGGAUAGGAAGGCAGAUUCAUGCUCUUGUUGUUGUGGAUGGGAGGGUAGAGCAUUCAGUGGUUCUGUCAACAGCUCUUGUGGAUUUCUAUUUCAGAUGUGAUGACGCUCUGAUGGCUUCACGUGUGUUUGAUGGGAUGGAGGUGAAAAAUGAGGUUUCAUGGACUGCUAUGAUAUCUGGAUGCAUUGCUAAUCUAGAUUACGACGCAGCUUUUGCGCGCUUUCGAGCAAUGCAGGUUGAGGGAGUUGACCCAAAUAGAGUGACAUUAAUUGCUCUGUUACCAGCUUGUGCAAAGCCAGGAUUUGUUAAGCAUGGAAAGGAGAUUCAUGGCUAUGCAUUCCGUCAUGGGAUUGAGUCGAGUCAUAUUUUUUCAUCAGCUCUUAUAAAUAUGUAUUGUCAAUCUGGAGAAUCACUGCACCUUGCUGAGCAAAUUUUUGAAAGGUCUAGUUUCAGAGAUGUGGUGCUAUGGAGUUCAAUCAUUGGGAGCUAUUCUCAAAGAGGAGAUAGUUACAAAGCCUUGACACUAUUUAAUAAGAUGCUGACUGAGGAAACUGAACCUAACUAUGUGACUUUGUUGGCAGUGAUCUCUGCCUGCACAAACUUAUCUUCAUUAAAGCAUGGUUGUGGACUUCAUGGCUUUAUACUGAAAUUUGGCCUCAGUUUUAGCAUCUCUCUAAGUAAUGCACUUAUGAAUAUGUACGCCAAAUGUGGUUGUCUUGAGGGUUCUCUCCAGAUAUUCCUAGAAAUGCAGAAUAGAGAUUCUAUUUCAUGGAGUACUAUGAUCAGUGCCUAUGGCCUUCAUGGACAUGGUGAACAAGCUCUUAAACUGUUUUCUGAAAUGAAAGAGAGGGGAGUGAAACCUGAUGCACUCACCUUCCUUGCAGUCUUAUCUGCUUGUAAUCAUGCUGGCCUUGUGACUGAGGGACAACAGGUAUUCAAGCAAGUAAAUGCAGAUUAUGAAAUUCCAUUAACUAUAGAGCAUUAUGCAUGCCUAGUUGAUCUUCUUGGAAGGUCAGGCAAGGUUGAAGAUGCUUUGGAAAUAAUGAGAACGAUGCCCAUGAAACCGAGUACAAGAAUAUGGAGCUCGCUUGUUUCGGCUUGUAAGCUUCAUGGAAGACUAGACAUUGCAGAAAUGCUAGGCCCUCAGCUUAUAAGAUCAGAGCCAGAUAAUGCUGCUAAUUACACAUUGUUGAAUAUGAUUUAUGCUGAGCAUGGUCAUUGGCUUCAUAAAGAACAAGUAAUGGAAGCAAUGAAACUUCAAAGGUUAAAGAAGUGCUAUGGGUUCAGCCGCAUUGAGACAGGAAACCAGUGUUUCUAGCAUAAUUGGAAGUAUAUUUGUUAUGGUAACCCGAAUUGAAAUCGUUAUAAAACUAUCAAGCUGAGCCUAUAUGGAACUUUGAGCAAACAUGCUAUGUUUUGUAUCUCUUUUAUACCGAAGCAUCUAGUAUUGCUCAUUUCUUAAGAGGUUUAUCUCCCCCUGAAUGUAAGUGUUGUUUGGCCGUACUCAUAAUUUAACUCAGAAUCAUUUGAAAAAAAAUCAUCAAAUAUAAUUCAGAUGAAAG